AGGACCUAGUGCUACUAGUCGUGUAGUCUUAUUUAUUUAUUGCUCCACCCAAGAAGUAGAACAAGCCAAAGACAGUUGUCACGCAGAUGAUUUCUAUUUCUGAGUGGUUAUAUGCUGGAACUGGAACUGGAUUUAUCGUUUUCCAUGCAGAUUACAGGCUUAAUAUCGCCGCCGAGUAAUGAGCAAAGAGCUACAACAACAUCUUUUUCGCGCCGUCUGGAAGUUGUUUACUUUGCUAUGCUAUUGUUGUGCAUCUCUUACUCAGGCAUGAUGAUUCUUCAUUUCGGCUCCUGCUACUGAAAGCGGUUUGGACCUCGACCUCCUCGGUGCGACCAAGAGGAGCCUUCUGCUAAAGGACUUCGCAUCCUCGUCGACGCUGCCGACGGGCGACAGCUGCCGAGUCCUGAACCUACUAAGCGACGUGCAGGUGUUGUGGAUAAUUCUAUAUCAAGUCCAGCACCACGACUUGGCAGUGACAAAUGCGGAUCAACGUCCGAGAUCUGCUCACGGCGCCCUUGACCAAAUUACCAAGCCAAGCAGUUGUGGCGGGGGACCAAGAUGGAGCAAAGGUUUGUUUACGUCUUUUAAGCUUUUUCUGUGAAUUUUGAAUAAAAGUAAAUUUCCACGAGGAGUCUCCACAUACGAUUGAGAUUGAUUGAUUUUGUUUUUUCUUGUGUAACGAAUUAUACUUACAGCACGCAGGGAACUUGAGAUUCUGUCAUGAAACAAACCAUGUAAUAAAUUCUAAUUUCUUAUCUUUUCUCCGCCUCACAGCCGCCUCACUACGCCGGCGGCGCUCCUGGUGUCACGACCACUCCCCGCGCCGGCGGAGGUGCGAGCGCGUUCAAGGCAAGUGGAACGACACGUGUUCGGGCGACAGGAGUAGCAGGAGGAGGAACCAGCGGCAGAAACUUCUUCCACACAACUACAACGUCGUCGAGCAGUUCCACUGGUACCUCCGGCAGGCCAAAAGCACGCGCCCCGCCCGUAAUCGUCACCGCACAAUCUCAUUCUCAGGCACUACAACAUCAGAAGAAUCAUACAAAUAACGGAGGACCACAUCAUGGAGGUCCAACGCCAACUACAGUACUGGAGGAUGGCACCGCCGCCGGCAUGUGCAAUAACAUCCGGGCGGACCGCGAGCGGCGCCCGUCGGUGGACACCUGUGAGACGUGCGACAUCUGGGGCGGCUUUAGCCAGAAGAACAGUCCCACGCAUUUUGCCCAACACGCGGCCGGGGGCACCACCGGCGGGAGUCACAAUCAGCGCUCACUGUUGCCCCUCUGUGCCGAAGAAAUCCAGUUUUUUGACGAAAAUCAUAUCAGCGAGCAGAAGAUGCAGAAGGUGAAAGCCGCAGCGGCAGGAGGGGGGCGUGGUGGUGUGAACAAUUAUGAUCCUGGUGCUGGUAAUCGUAUUAAUCCGCAAGAAACGAAGAUGAUGAACAACUACUCGAUGCUGAGUACAAAUAAAAAUGCUGCCACGUCGACGUCAUCUGCUGCUGGAUAUCAAAAAGCAGGUGGGACGACGACCCUGCUUCCCGCCUUGUAUGGAUUGCAAAUAUGUCUCGGUCUGGAAGAAUGUUGCGAGAUCUGUCAUGCAGUUUUUGCCUGACCCAGAUCGUCUGGCAUGCAAGCUCUAGCAUCACAGAUUUUGAGCACUUAUCCGAAUGCCUAAUCCGCAUGACAAAUCCUCUCGCUCGGAAACAAGAAAUGGGGCUUUUUGCUAGCCAUGCAUGACAAAUUUUAUCAUGAUGUAGACUUCGCAUCACAAAUUCGAAUCCUUCCAGACCCAGACAUUUUUGCAUUUGAUACAUUGGUGCAUGGUACUAAUUCAUCUUCCCGUCCGGGCGGUACUGACACCAGUGCAUCUAUCCAAGAAAAAAAGUGUGUAAGUGUAACUUUCUUUGAGAAACAGCAUCACAAAUUUGCUCUACAUGACAGAGAAAACCUGUCAUGCGUGGCUUGUAGGGGAAAACACACCUGAAAAGAGGACUUCGUGGCUGUCUGGCAUGACAGGCGCAACUCUGUUGGAUGUUCUGCAACACACACAGUUUUUUUCUUGCAUAGCAUCGUCAAGUCGUGCUGGUGCCAUGGUGAAUAAAGGAACGCAAGCGCAACAUCAUCAGCCUGUUGGGCAAAAAGGUCUCCUGCAAACAAACCCGCCUGCUGUGGUCCUCUCUGGCUGCGUUUCCUCCCCUUCGCUACGUGUCGACCAGGUAUGAAUUGCAAAAAUGUCUGGGUCUGGAAGAUUGCGAGAAUUGUCAUGCUAGUCUGGCAUGCCUCUUAAGUCUGUCAUGCACGUUGCCCACGAGCCCCAUUUUUCUGUCAUGUAGAAACGCAGUUUGUCAUGCAGAAUAGGCAUCAACACCUAGAAGCUCAAAAACUUGUCAUGCUGAGCCAGCACUUGUGGCCUCCUGAAAAUACGCCUCCCAGCAUCACAAGUUUACAAACCCAGACACUUUUGCAAUCCAUACCAGGAAAAGCUGUACGACCCAAGGACCGCAGCAGCCUACCGAUUACCACCUCCGAUCGAAAAAGAGGAAGCUGGCGGGACGUCGGAUCAGGAUCAUGUGCGCGUUCCCGCGAAAAAUUUUUUUUCUGCAGGUCCACCAGCGCUGCUCCCCUCGCUGGUGCUGCAACAUCAACCUCCGCAACUUGGAUCUUCUUCGCCGCUUCUUGGACAGAAAAAGAUGGCGCAACAGCAUCAGGGUAAUAGCAAAGCGAAGAACGUGAAAAGCUACUCGUUUUACGACAAAGCGACACAUCAACCUGGCACGUCAGCGACCUCGGCUUUGGCUGCAGGUGUGACCCCCGCGGCGGCGCAGCAGGCGGCAGACAAAAAGGCACUGCUGUUGAGUGGCGGGGGGAAUUAUAGAAACAAGAGUAAGAACAAGCAUAGAAAUGCAGCUGCUGGAGGUGCUCCCGGGACGAGGACAAUGAUUUCAUCGGAAGAAGGUGAAGGUGUUCUUUUCGACGCUGACUCGCUCAACCAGGCGUCAUCUCACAAGAACUACUCUAGCAAGCACGCAAAUACCUACGACAAUGACCGGUCGGCAAUCGGGUCCCGAGAGGAACGAUCGACAAGGGACACUUCGAAGGAUAAGUACAGGAAAUUUGAUACCGUACACGAUAACACACAAAUUGCAUUCUGGAAAUCAAGAAAUAUCCGCUCGUACAAUCACAAUUCUGUUUAGCAACAUCACAAGUGUCCUGCUCGGCUUUUAGCUCCUCCGGAGACGAACUUCUCAUGCGUUUUGUGCUUCUUGUGCGGUUUCAACUUUGUAUUGCAUAGACGACACGAGCACAAUACGGAAUGGAGGCUACAACUCAUCUUCGGACUACAUUGACACCAGGCGACCGAGCUUUUCAACUAGCGGAGGGGGCAGAUCGGUACUUACUGUUAGGUUGUUAUGCGAUAUGGCCAUUGUUAGCAUGCAGAUGCACUUGCACACAGUUCUCCAUUACAAAUUUCUCUUGUGAAGUAGAUGCAAGUUCCACCGCAAUAGAAAUAGAAAUCGAAAAAAAUGGAAAACCAAAUUUAGUCCGGCAUCGUGACAGUGGAGCACAGUCGUCGGCCGAGUGUUAUGGAGCGGAAAUCUUUCGCAACUCGUGUAGUAGUACGAGCGGCAGAAAAAGUGUUACGCACUCAUGAUGAAUUUAUUCACUGUGUCUGUUUCGUAUUCCAGAACCGCACAGGCACAACAGAAACAGAACAACCAGUGCGCGCAUCGUGGAUUGACAUGGGAUAAUUCGUAGAAGUUUUGUAUUCGCUCUCAUGAUUGUUCACUAGUCUCUGCAUGAUGGAUUGACAUUGACGACCAAAAGUAGCUUCUAGUUUACUCUACUGCCCCGCUGUUGCGAGUUGCGAAUUUUUUCACAGCGAUAUUCCCGAAGUUGUCCGACGUUCGGGAGCUGAGCAAGGAAAGUGCGCCCUCGAUGGAGAAGGCCUUGUCGGUAUGGGUAUGAUUUGUUGUGAUUUUUGUAUCAACACAAUUUUAAUAUCGAGUGUGCCUGCUUAUGAAAAACAAGCUGCAGGAGCACUUCACUUCUUUCUUUAGUGUUGUGCAGAUGAUGUAGGAAAACAAGUGAGAUGUUGAAACUUCCCAUGAUUUUUCAUCCCUUAUGAUUUCACCCACCUCAGGCGCCCCUCCCCACUUUACUUUCCGUGGACAAGGAGAGCCGCACCUUCCUCUCCGCUCCGAAGGCCGGGCGGGAGCAGGCCUUCUGGUUUGUGUCCAAACGCAAUCUAUGAACUGCAAAAGUAUCGUACUAGUAGUAAUUGCAAAACAAAUUAGCUCAGCAUGACAAAUGGAAUUUGUCGUCUUGUUUUGCCUUGUGAUGGAGAUUUGUAAUGCAUGAUUGCGAUUACUACGAGUGCGAUACUUUUGCACAGGAUACAACCCCCGGGCGGCGCAGCUGGAGCCGAUCUGGUAUGCAAAAAAGACCACCAUGCCUGCAACGAGUCUUAUUCACUGCAAAAAUGUCUGGGUCUGGAAGAGUGGAACUUGUAAUGCUGUCUGCGGAUUCUAAAAAUAUCUGUGUUGCAGCAUGAGCAGCAAGAAGAGUCCAGCUCUUGGCACCACGCGGAGAGGGCAACAUUUCUCAUGCGUGAUAAGCAUCAAGAAGCUCUCAAAAAAUCUGUGAUGCACGGACCUGCAUCACUGACGUGACCUCAUGGGUCAUGCAAAAUGUGCAUGACAAACCCCGACUCUUCCAGACAUCCAGGGAUAUUUGCAUUUGAUAAGUCUGGACUGUCAACCGAUCACGGAGGAGCUGUUGGCGAGGAUGGAGCAAAUGUCGCCACCAACGAAAAAAGACAACCGACCCCGGGAGAUCCGGCGGCUGCUUGGGCAGCACGGGGGGCCUUUUACCGCCAAGGCCGAGGGGAUCAAAAAAGUGGAAGGCGAGUGGAAGAGCGUACGGCAGUGCACGCCGGUGCUGGGGGAGAGAAAAGACAUGGCGCAGCAACUCUACGACAAACUCGCACGGUUGAGCUGAGGGUCAACAAGGUUUUUUCUUUUGUGCGGUGCAAAAAGAAAUGAAUGGAGCGAGAAUUAUAUCAGAUGUAUUAAGCCGUUUUUUACGAAUGAAGAUGAAGGAGCUUGCUCACACGAAGAUAGAUGUCUGUCUCUCGACGAAGGGCUGAUCAUUUUGACUUCCUGAGCAUCAAGUUGAUUAGCAGUGCGUCCUCACGAUGAUAAACAUUACAUCACAACUGCGUAGUCCAGUACUUUAGUUCAGCAAGGCAAAGGAGUUUCUGACUUCGGAAAUAAUUCGAAGCCGCGAAGCAGCAGAAGUGUGCUUUUUUUACGAACAAGGGAAAAGAGACAACCAGCAUUCAACAUCUGUAGGAUGGUUUCUGAUGAUUUACAGCUAAAGAGUCGAGUAUGAGAUUUAUUCACAUUGUGCGGACAGUUAGUCGAUCUACUCUAGUAGUUUCCAGUAUAAAAAAUGUCGGAACUACUACUUGUCGCUUCAUAGAACGGUACAGUAAAUUACAUCUAAUGACUGUUGAGUCUGACUCGACUGAGUAGUUCGUCUCUCUUCGUGGAAGAUUUCUAGACUUUAUCAUUUCCUGAAUUCUUGGAUGGUGCCGCAUGCACCUGUGCUAGUCUAGUAUUCCGUUAUUUCCGAUAAAAAUGUUUAUUGUCACAAAGGUUGAGGCUCGCAACCCCAACGUGUUGGCGUUGCUCUCCUUCAGAAU